AUGGAGGCGGCAGCUUGUCCCUACAUCGUUCGCUAUUAUUCCUCUUGGGUGGAGGACAGCCGGCUGCACAUCCAGACCGAGCUAUGUCAGUGCUCCUUGCGUGACAAACUGUCGGAGCACCAGCAGGACUGCGCAGACCCGCGCUUUCAGGAAGGUGAGCUGAUUGAGGUUUUGCAACAUGUGGCCAGUGGGCUGAAGAAGCUGCACGGCCUGAGCAUCGUGCACUUGGACAUCAAACCGGACAACAUCCUUCUCAGUCGGGGAGAGCCAGGCUAUUUCAAAAUCGCAGACCUCGGAUUGGCAGCAGCUGCGAUAGGUGCAAGGUGCGAUGAUAUCACUGAAGGAGAUUGCCGCUAUCUUGCUAAAGAGGUAUUGCAAGGCGACUUUGCAGAUCUUCCUAAAGCAGAUGUGUUUUCCCUGGGCCUUGUCCUUUAUGAACUGGGCACCAACCCGAACUGCCUUCCAAGCAACGGCCCAGGGUGGCACAGUCUCCGUCGUUCCCUCGAGGUGGCUUUGCUGCCAGAGCUCUCGCCCAAGCUGCUCCAGCUCAUGCAAGACCUGGUUCAGCCUCGGAAGGAGCUCAGACCAACAUGCGAGGCAGUGCUGCAGAAGCUGCAAGAAGAUGCUGCUUUCUCGCAUCCGGAUCCAGUGCAGGUCCAGGCUUUGCAAGAUGAAGCCAGGCGAUGCCGAGAAGAGGCAAUGCGAAAUCGGCAGCGAGCAGACGAAUACUGGCAAGAGAUUCUCUGCCUCAAGAAGCAGGAGCUGAUGUACGGGAAGUCCGGGGCAGCACUAGGAGACGGCGCUCGUGUCCAACUUCGGCGCAGCAAGACGUCCUGCUGA